AUGUAUAAGGAACGCUAUGUUGCUUUAUUUGAAGACACCUACAGUAAAAAUGAUAAAGUCAUUAAAUAAACCUUAAAGACCAUUAUCUAAGAGUUUUUUAAGCCUUUCAAACCAGAUAGCCCAUAUAAAUUGAGUUGGGAUUUAGUAGGAAUGCUUUUCAUUUUUGUCUAAAUGAUUACAAUUCCUUUGAUUAUAACAUUUUCCAUAGAAUUAGAUUUGUUUUACGAUAUUUGUAACUAAAUAAUGGACUAUUACUUUUUGUUAGAUAUUAUAGUUUCCUUUCAUACAAGCUAUUAUUAUAAGUAUAUUGUUAACUAUAAUAGAGGAAAUUUAAUUACUUCUCAUAAAAAAGUAUUUUGGAACUACUUUUCAUCUUGGUUCUGGCUAGAUUUGAUUUCAUCGUUUCCAUAUGAUAUGAUUAUAGAAUUUACACUAAAAUCAAAUUCAGCAGAAUCAUUACAAAGAAAUUCAUAAAUUUUAAAAAUAGUUCGAGUUGUUCGUUUUAUAAAAAUACUUCGUUUAAUAAGGGCUUUAAAGUUAAAGAAAUACAUAAAUCAAUUAGAAGAUCAGUUGAUGAUGGCAAAAUCAGUCAUUUCUUUCUUUGCUUUUAUAAAGAUUUGCAUAAUUAUAUUAUGUUUAGCACAUUGGCUUGCUUGCAUAUGGAAUUUAAUUAGGAUCAUAGAGGGAUCAGAUUUAAAUUGGUAUACAAGAUAUUAGAUAUACCAAUUAGAAAAUUAUAUUAUUUAUUAGGAUACAAACUAUUGGGUAUCAUAAUAUUUGGUAGCAAUAUACUUUUCUAUAACAACUAUGAUUACAAUAGGAUAUGGAGAUAUCUUUCCAAUAACAACAAUAGAAAGAACUUUUGGUGUUAUAGUAAUGAUAUUUUCUUCAGGUCUAUUUGGUUAUAUAAUGAAUUCUAUAGUUUUAUUGUUUGAAAAUUAAGAAGAGAAUGUAAUUGAGUUAUUAGAAAAACAAGAUAAAAUAAUGUUAUAUUUAAAAUAAAAGAGAGUAAAUAAAUAAUUAAUAGCAAGAAUUAAAAACUAUUUAGAAUGGUUAUAAUAAUAAGAAUAAAUAUAACAUAGUUAUGAACAAUAAGUACUUUAAAACUUAUCAGAAAAUCUAAGGAGAGAAAUCUUAGAAUUAAUUCAUUAAAAAAUUACUUAAUCUUGUUUACUCUUUUCUUAAAACUUUUCUUCAUAGUUAUUAUAGAAAUUAGUUUAUUAUUUUAAAGAAUAAACAUAUAGUCCUGAAGAUAUAAUAUUAUAAUAAGGAGAUAUUGAAAAUAAAUAGAUUUAUUAUAUAUUAAAUGGUAGUGUGAAAAUUGAAAACAUUUAAUAUGAAUUAAAAAAAAAAGAUUAUUUUGGUGAAAUAGGUUUUAUUGCAAAUGUACCAAGAUGUUCUACUAUAAUAGCAACCAAUUUCAUAAAUUUAUUAACAUUAUGUAGGAGUAAAUUUCUUCAAUUAUUAUCUCCAGAAGAUAUGGAAAAAUAUUUUGAAAUAAAAUUCUAAAUUGAAAUAGAAUAAGAUAUUAGUGCUUUAAAAUUAUAAUGUUAUUUAUGUUAAGAAAAUAAUCAUAUAGCAAAUUAUUGUCCUUAUUCACAUUUAAUGAUCUCGAAAUAUGAUAGAAUUAAUGUUAUCUAAAAAUUUCAAAAUAAAUUUAAAAAGAAUAGAAGGAACAGAUAAAAACAAAAAACUUUAUAAUUAUUAAAAAAUGAUAAAUAUAUAAAAGCUUAGAAUAAAAUUGUUAAAGAUAUGUUAAAUAUAGAAUACUUUUUAAAUAAAAAGAAAUAAAUGACUAAAUUUAAAUUAGCAUAAAAAGUAUUAAGAGAUAAAUAAAUUAAAGAUUCUUUUGUUGGUGAAUCUAUGAAAGAAUAUAUUAGAUUCACACCAAAAUGUAAUCUUGGCACUAUAAUAUCAAUAAUUAAUUCAAAAGCAGAAUUUAAUUAAAAAUUAAUAGAAGAUAAGAGAGAAGAAGAAAGAAAGAAAAGAACAAAAGAAAGUGCUGACAGAUUUCUUAAGAUGUUAUAGAUUAAGAAACAAAAUUAAAUAAAAUUUAAUAUUUAAAAGUAAAACAAAAGUAGAUUAUCAAUUGACAAUAUUCUAAAAUUUGCUUAAAGAGAUUUAGUGAGAAAACCUUCAGCAGGUGAAGAAAAUAGAAGGAGACUCUUAAAUGUAUAAGAUAAAAGAUAAAAAAAUUAAAAGAGUUUUAAUUCUUUUGAAUCAGGAGGUAAAAUAUUAUUAACAUUUCCUGCAAUUCCUGAUGAUGCUAUUGAAAGUCCAGCAUAAGAAUUAAAAUAUUUUCGAAAAACAUUAAAAAGUUCUCAUGCUUCUACAAAUGUAAGUAUAAUUGAAGAACAAUAUCCUGAUGUAUAUUAAAGUAUUCCUAAAAGAUCCUCUAGUCAAGAAAAAUACAUUCCUAAUAUCUCUUAAUUUUAUUCUACUACUUGUCUAGAAAAUAUGAUUUAUAUAGUAAUCAACCAUAAAUUAUAAAGUUAAAAAUGA